AUGCAAUCUGAAUUGUUAAAGCGCCGUGACCUACCACAGCUCAAUUUGUCGGUGAAGUUACAUCGAGUGUAUCGGCUUUACGAUCCGAUGCGACACACGUAUCGUCAAUUUACGCACAGGCAAUUGGCAGCUGUCAUCGUACAACCAGCAUGGAACGGAGCUCCGUGUAACAACCUCACACCGGUGCCCGGCUCUACGUGUACAACUACGGAAAUGAAGCCUGUAGUCAAUCCCGCCUAG